AGCUAAGUCGGUUGUAAGCCUUUUGAUGCUUUUUCGGCUAUCAUUUAAAAUUAUCUCGAUGCAUGCGGUGCAUGUUUUUGAUACUUUUGUGAAAAUAAAAAACUUUUGUAUGUCGCACAACAAUGACGUACUAUGACGCUGAAAUCAUAGGACGCUCGACUAUUGCAGACAUUGACAUUUUUAGAUAAACUAGCUGUAAAAAAUUGUUAACGCUUUUUUAUUUUCAUCUGAAAUGGUUGUAAUCCUUAGUAAUGCGUGCGAUGUGGUUUUUUCUUUUCUUUUUAGCUCACAGAGGCUCAUUUUGGCAACAGUCGUUAUAGCGCUUCAGUAGAGCGGGUGCCAUUUUGGACUGAAUAUUCUUCAUAGAGCUUCGCUAACGCGGCCGACAUUUUGGAAUGAAAAUUCGCACAGACAAAAUGGAGGCUGUGGACAAAGUUGUCCGGUAGAGGGCGGCGUCGGACCACAUAUUGUGCCUCUUCAUUUUGUUACACUGACUAGAUGGAGAACAGCGUGGUCCCUGUCAGUCUGCUGUAGCUAGUUGAGCACGGUGUUAAACACCAGCUCGUCCGCUCCCCAUUGUAAAUAAAUAAAUAAAGAUUUCUAUUAAGCAGCCUAGAUAUCUCCACAUCUCUAUGCGCCGCGAGAUAUUACAGAAACCAAAUGUGAAACCGGAAGACGUGGCAAUGAUAAUAUAUCUCUCUGUAAUCUCCCCCAAUCAAUUAUAUAUUUAAUUUUUUAACGUUUAAAGGAUAACACAGGUCUGUUUCUUAGGUACGUGUGAUGGUUCCCUUAUCGACUUUCAAAAUCUGUUGACUAUACCUCUACACGACAACAACGCCGCUGGCGACGGUCUUGCUGAUUCGACUACGGGUGAAUUUCCCCGCGAGCCGAGUGUUGAACAGGUGGUCAUAGAUUUGACGGCCGAACACGACGGGGACGAAGUGAUAGAUCUUUCAGAUCCCUUGCUGGAGGAGGGGUUCAACGGUGAUGCCGCAGAGGUCCUAACGCUAUACGAAAACUGUCUCGGGCGUAGCGAUUGUGAGCCUGGCUGUAGCACCUCACAGCAUAACGGUUGGGUCCAGUCGUCUUGGGCUAGUGAUCAUAGCGCAUGCGCCGAUGAUGAGGUGGACUGGUCCGGGUCGCCGAUAAACGCUUGGGGUCAAGCUUCCUGGUCCGGCGACAACAGCUUACCGUCGAGCGGUCAACAGACCCCAAACACUAUCCAACCUUCCAUUCAUGAAAAUAACGCUUGGGAUCAAGACUCAUUACCAUCGAGCGGUCAACAGACGCCAAACAGUAUUCAACUCCCCGUCGAUGAAAAUAACGAUGGAAACUUAGAGCUGGCUCAAAUUGAACAGCUUCAUAUCAGAUUAGACGCUUUUGACCGCAGACUAAACGCGCUAGAAGAUCGUAUGCGUCAGGUUUACGGUCAACAGGGUGCUCAUGACGGUGCUUUUCACUUGGGUCUAGAUAGACAGCGUUUAGCUAUAGAGGAAAUAGCUCAUGAUUUACGACAACAAAUUCAGAAUGCUGAGAAUUCAAUCAAUCGUUUGCACGACUUAACAUUCGAGCAGAUGAGAGAAAGACGUCUAAUGUUUGAAGCCGUCUAUGCUAUGGUUUUCCCGAUAUUUUAUCCGUAGUGCAAUUUUUUAUAAGACAUAGCAUUUUUACUCUAUAUCCUAUGCUAUUUCACAUUUAUCUACCUCGUGUUUUAGCAUGUAUUUUGUUUUCAUCUAGCAUUUAUCUACUUCAUGUUUUAGCAUGUAUUUUGUUUUCAUCUAGCAUUUAUCUACCUCAUGUGUUUAUGGUUUUAGCAAUUAUCUACCAUAUAUCUAUCUCAUGUUUUAGCAUGUAUUUUGUUUUCAUCUAGCAUUUAUCUACCUCAUGUGUUUAUGGUUUUAGCAAUUAUCUACCAUUUAUCUAUCUCAUGUUUUAGCAUGUAUUUUGUUUUCAUCUAGCAUUUAUCUACCUCAUGUUUAAGAUUUUACCGUUAUCUACUUUUUGUAACAUCUGAAAAUUAAUGUACAAUGAAUAAUGAUAAUUGUUCAGACGCUGCGCAUAGCAGUCAUUCUCUUUCAGAUCAGUCACAGGGUGCAGCGUCUGAAGAGGUCGGUAGGUCGCAACAACAAUUGUUAAAUGCUUAUCCGAAUUCUGAGUCGUCGCAGCAAUUCAUCCAUUUUGAUUCGGACCCUCAACUACAAGAACUGUUAAAUACACUUUACGCAUACACACAGCAAGAUGGCGGUGCGCUACCAAACACCUCAGGUCCAUCUACUACCUCGGAUACACCUACAGACGCUAUCGAACCGAUACAGACGCCCCCUUCCGAUACACCGUCGCUGAGCAGAGUCGACAUCGAAGCGUUGAUACGAGAUGGCGGAACCGUAAACGACUUUCACGUUUAUCCGAGACCUCGUUUCAAUAGCGUGGAGCUGCAGAGAUCCAUGAAUCUGAGAGAGAUUAGAGCCACAGAUUUAGCAUCGUAUCACAUACGCCUGCACGACACCAUGAACGAAAUGGUAACAUUGGCAAGACAAAUCGGAGGCGACAACAGCGUGAUCAAUUUCACGCUAAGAGGUCCGAGUCUCAAAUCUGACGUAUCGGCAAUUUUACACCCGGGAAAUAAUUACGACGUAGCGUUAUUUACAGAUCAAAUUGAAAAAAUGUUACAGAGCGACGAGCGACUAUUGUGUGAUGAUAUGGUCGAGAUAGGCGCUACCGUGGCAAUGAACAGACAGGGGGGUGUUCGACGCAAACUUACGGAUUUGGCUCUUGACCAGGUGAUCAAAAGAAAAAAGACGAGUUUGUUUUGUCCUACGAAUAUCUCUAAUAAUUUGUGCUUCUCUAUCUGUCUCGCACAUUUUCUCGAUCCCGCACUACCUGAGAGCGAACUGGAAAGACGCGCUGCGGCGAUUCAGAAUGACGCGGGGUUCUCUAUUCAAGACAAGAUCGGCCUUUGCGACGUAGCAGAAGUUUGAGAGUAUUUUCGACGUCAAAAUAGUCGUUUUUUACAGAACGUCCGAUGGACCGGUAGAAACCUUUGCAAAUCAGAGCGAACCGCAUCCGAAAACAUUGCACCUCUACUUACACGACGAACACUUUUACACGAUUCUCAAUCUAAAGGCGUUCAUCGGCUCCGACUACGUAUGCAGGUUCUGCUAUAAAGGGUACAACGAUGUUAAACAUCACCACUGUAGUCGCAUCUGCAAUGUGUGUUUCGACCCCGAUUGCUACAAACAUCCUAAAAGAACCAUACAUUGCUCAGAUUGUUUGCGAUUUUGCAAAUCCGAUUACUGUUACAAAGCACACAAGAAGAUUCCCCAGGGCAGAGACCGUGUGCCGUGCGAUAUGAUAAAAUACUGUAAAUUGUGCAACAGACGCUACAAUGUUUCAGGCGCUAGAGAUAAUCACAAAUGCAAGCCCUUCCAAUGCGUCCAUUGCGGUGAAGAUCUCGGGGUAGAGGGGAUGCACCAGUGCUUUAUACGCCCUAUAAAUCCCAAGGAUACUAGCGAGAAGUACAUCUUCUACGAUUUUGAAACCCGUUACAAAAACGGAAAACACGUCGCCAACUUUGUAUGCGCAAUCACUUUUCAAGGGGAGAAAUUUGUAGCAGAGGGGCCCUACUGCGUAUCGUACCUAAUCAACCAUUUCAGACAACGCCGAUACAAAGGCUACACUUUCAUAGCCCACUACGCCUCCAAAUUCGAUUCUUUUCUCAUUUUGGAAUAUUUCUGCAAAGCGGGGCUCACGUUGGACAUCAUCAUGCAAGGGUGCAAAUUAAUCUACAUGUACGACGAUGCGUAUGCUCAACGAUAUAUCGACAGCUACUCGUUCAUUCCCAUGGCCUUGUCUAAGAUGCCUGCCGCGCUAAACUUGACUACGAUGGAAAAGGGGUACUUUCCCCAUCAUUUCAACAGGGUGGAAAACGAGCGUUAUGUAGGCCCCUACCCUGAUAAAAAGUUUUACGGCUACGAUAACAUGACCGACAAAAACCAGGCAAAGUUUGACGAGUGGUACGCCACCGUCUCUGAUAAAGUCUUUGACUUCAGACAUGAGCUGUACGAGUACGGCGUGAACGACGUGGUCUUAUUACGCGAAGCUUGCAUGAAAUACCGCGACGAGUUCAUCGCAUGCACCGAGCUCGACCCCUUCAACUUUACAACGCUGGCUAGUUGUUGUAUGGGUGUGUUUAAAACGCAUUAUCUCGACAGUAAGACGCUGGCUCUUACGCACAACAACGCGUACGUUCAAAAGAGUAAGACGUACUCGAACGCAUCGAUCGAAUGGCUCGAGUAUGUUAAAAAGACUCGAAACUUGGACAUUCACCAUGCCUUGAAUCACGGUGAAGUGUCUAUCGGUAAAUAUUACCUGGACGGGUUUGUGGAAAUCCAAGGUACGAGAUACGGGUACGAAUUUGCCGGCUGCCUGUUCCACGGCCAUCAGUGCCGCUAUCCAGCGCAUUACACGCAUCCCAUGUCGGCCGUACCCUACGGCGUUCUCAGGAGACAGUUUGACGAAAAGGUUGAUAUUCUGCAGAAUGCGUACGGGUUAAAAAUCGAGGUAAUGUGGGAGUGCGAAUGGACCAAAAUGAAACGAGACGACCCCUCGGUAAAAGAAUUUAUGAGUACCUACUCUGCUCCGGAGAGACUGAAGCCCAGGGACGCUCUCUUUGGCGGGCGAACGAACGCCUACAAACUCUAUCACAAAACGGCGGAAGGAGAAAGAAUAAGCUACGUCGAUUUCACCAGCUUGUAUCCCUUCUGUCAGUCUACGAAAACCUACCCCAUCGGUCACCCCGAAAUCAUUUUCAACGAUUUCGAGCCGAUCGAAAACUACUACGGACUUAUCAAGGCCGUCGUGUACCCUCCCCGUAAAUUACUGCACCCCGUACUGCCGUAUAGAUGCAAUGGGAAAUUAUUUUUUCCACUGUGUCGUACUUGCGCUCAUGCUGAAAAUCAGACGUCGUGCUGCAGUCACACGGAUGAAGAAAGGGCGCUCUCGGGUAGCUGGGUCAGUAUUGAGCUUUUGAAGGCCGUCGAGAAGGGGUACGUGAUCGCUAGGAUCGACGAAGUUUGGCAUUUUCCCCAACGUUCUGAUACGCUGUUUCGUGAUUACGUGAAAACGUUUUUGCAAUUGAAACAGCAAGCGUCCGGUUACCCCUCAAACGUAGUCACGGACGCGGACAAAGCAAAGUACAUUAGAGAUUAUUACAAAAAAGAGGGGAUUCGUCUCGACCCUGAAAAGAUCAGUUACAACCCCGCUCAGAGAUCCAUCAAUAAACUACUGCUGAACUCUCUUUGGGGACGCUUUUCUAUGCGCGAGAACCUCCCCAAAACGCUACUCGUGAAAAAACCUGAAGAUUUCACCAGAAUUGUUUUCAACAAAAUCACCGCGCUGAAAUAUUUCACGUUCGUCUCGGACGACGUAGCUCUCGUUCAGUUUCAAAAACCCGAAGGCGAUUUGUGCAAAACAAACGACAUUAACGUGUUCGUAGGGGCAUUUACGACCGCUCACGCGCGACUGGAGUUGUACGAACUCAUGGAUAAACUCGGCGAUCGUUUGUUAUACUCCGACACAGACAGCGUUAUAUUCGUUUCUAGGGAUGGCGACUGGGAUCCUCCGCUGGGGGAUUAUCUGGGGGAGCUGACGAACGAAUUGGACGAUGGUGAUUUCAUAACAGAGUUCUGUUCUAGCGGACCAAAGUCUUACGGCUAUCGUACCGCUAAAGGAAAGGUAACCAUGAAGGCUAAAGGGAUAACGCUAAAUGCUGAAAAUUCUCAAACGAUCCGAUUAGACACUCUGAUUGAUCUGGUUGACGGCUAUGCUAAAUCGCGCGAUAACUCGCGCUGCCUCCUGGCGCACACUGAAAACAUUGUGAGAGAUAAAAAGCAUCUCACGCUGCACAACAAAUCAGUCGUCAAAAGGUUAGAGUCAGUUUAUAACAAAAGAAGACUGUUGGGGAAACGGCUGCACUCUUCCGUAUGGGUUCUGAACACAGAGGCCUGCGGGAGGCUUCUAAUUUUGAUUUCAGGCUCCAACACCCUUUCUCAUGCAUCGUCAGUGGACCCUCCAAUUCAGGAAAGUCUUUUUUCGUUAAACUGUUGUUGGAAAAUGCUACGAAUGUGA